CUUUGGGGGACUCUGUUGGUCUACGGACUGAAGCUGGUCUCUGAAAUGCGGCUGUUUGGGUUUUUUGGCGGGUUUUUCUGCGGCGCGGCGGUCAGUACCGGAUCCUGUGUUACGGCGCUGAAACUGUACCAGCUGGAAACGGGACAAGAGCAGAAAGGCACCAGCGAGAAAGUGCCAGAGGUCAGGGAAGACAUUGGUCGCUUUGGUUUCCCGGUAACAGGUGCCGAGGUGCGUCACUAUGCCAACCAUACGCUGUCAUAUGACCAGAGUAAGAGGACGCCGCGUUGGGUGGCUGAACAUCUGACCAAUCACAAACUGCAGGGUAAUACAGAGAGGAAACACUGCAGGUUCCGUCCAGAUCCUGCAAUCCCAGCAUGCUUCAGUGCCACAAACGGCGACUACUUUCGUAGUGGCUGGAGCAGAGGUCACAUGGCUCCUGCUGGGGACAACAAGCAGUCUGAGCGGUUCAUGGCUGACACCUUCCUCCUGUCCAACAUUGUACCACAGAACUAUGAGAACAACGCUGGUUUCUGGAACAGACUGGAGAUGUACUGCAGGGACCUCACAAAGCGUUUCCAGGAUGUCUGGGUGGUUUCUGGACCGCUGGUUCUUCCUCAAGAAGUUGAUGGCAAGAGGAAGGUCUCCUACCAGGUAAUCGGUAAUGAUGGCGUGGCUGUUCCCACUCACCUCUUCAAGGUCAUCUUAGUCCAAAACAACAACGUCUCAGAUAAAGCUGAGCAAUCACAAUCUCCGCCCCUGGCCCUGGGGGCGUUCAUCAUCCCCAACCAGCCAAUCAGCUUUGAACGAUCUCUGACGGACUUCCAGGUCAGCCUGUUGGAACUAGAGAAGGCCGCUGGGCUCACCUUUUACCCCAGGCUGCCGAAAACCAGUGACCCGGCGUCUGAAACUGCCGGUGGGAACUCCAAAACCAGAACAGAGCAGGAGAUCAAAUCCAACAACAAAGAAGUGAAUUUGAAUACUGAGCAGAGUGCCGCAGAUUCGAUUCCCACAGAGUUUGGCCCUCCCACUGACCUGUGUAAGGUGGACGGAUGUAAGCUGAUGGGGUACAAAGAGUUUACACUCUACCUGACCGGCAGGAAAGUGGGCAGUGCUCGUUCCAUAGAGAAGCUAGAGAAGUUCAUGUCAGAGUUGAAGGAUCAGGGUAUCCAGCCAGAUGACUACCUCACCAACCUCUACCAGCAGAAGAAGGAGGAGCUGGCCAAUAAGGAGCCGCCAAAGGGCAAAACAGGGGUGUGAUUAAUGAGGUCACUUCCUGUCAGGAAGGGAAAGGGAUGUCUUUUUUUCCCAGUGUGCUGAGGAACGUUGCAGGUGGAAAGUCAGCGAUUGUAGUUUACCAAAUUCCCGUUUCUCUGAUCCAGGAAAAGUUGACAGAUCUCAUCUGCGGCGCUGUCCAGUUUCACACUGUGUUUUACAGUAUUACCAUUUCAUUUAGCAGACGCUUUUAUCCAAAGUGACGGUACAUCUGAGCGUUCAUACAACACAUGCAAGGAUCUAGUCAGGAGACGACAACACACGUGCCAAAAAACUAGGCUCACGUCUGGUAGGACAUGGUGUCAACAGACAGUGUACAAAGACAAUGCAUAGGGUGCAUAGGAGUGAUUUUUUUUUUUUUUUGUACAUUAAACCCACUGACUGAACCCAAUGGUUGAGCUUCACAGGGAAGUGAAAUCCCCCACGGCGCUCUCCUCUCAUCUUACUUUGAAGGAAACAGGAAAACAAACCGUGCCCUUUAUCCCCAGUUUUACCAUGCAAGUUUGACAGUAUAUGUAUAGUAGAUGUAGGUGGGUGAAUUGGCCAUACUACAUUGUCCCUAGGUGUGAAUGUGUCAGCUCUGUGAUGGCUUGGCGACCUGUCCAGGGUGUCUCCCUGCCUGUCGCCCAAUGACUGCUGGGAUAGGCUCCAGCAUCCCAUGACCAUACAUGGAUAAGCAACUUGGAUAAUGGAGGGAUUAAUCCCAUCAGGUAUGGAGGUGGGUGGCACGGUGGUGCAGUGGGUAGCGCAGUCGCCUCACAGCAAGGAGGUCCUGGGUUCGAGCCCCAGGGUCAUCCAACCUUGGGGGUCGUCCCGGGUCGUCCUCUGUGUGGAGUUUGCAUGUUCUCCCCGUGUCUGCGUGGGUUUCCUGCCCUCCGGUUUCCUCCCACAGUCCAAAGACAUGUAGGUCAGGUGACUCACCAUACUAAGUUGUCCCUAGGUGUGUGUGUGUGUGUGUGGUGGUGGGGGGGCGCCUGUGAUGGCCUGGCAGCCUGGCCAGGGUGUUUCCCCACCUGCAGCCCAAUGACUGCUGGGAUAGGCUCCAGCAUCCCUGCGACCCUGAGAGCAGGAUAAGCGGUUCAGAUAAUGGAUGGAUGGAUUAAUCCCAUCAGGUGUGGAGGUGUUGGAGAAAGAGCUGGGACUUUAGCUUCCUCUUAAAGAUGGAGAGGGACUCAGCGGAUCGAAUGGAGUUUGGUAACUCGUUCCACCAGCGGGGAACUACAGAAAGAAGAGUCUGGCUGGGGACUUGGGUUUUUCUACACGUCAUCCAGAACAACAGGAAAGCAAAGGACCUUUGAAAAUGAUGUUUGUCACCUCUCAAACUGGAUGUGAGAGAAGAUCGUUUCACUUCACCAGCUAAUCCCAUCGCUAUAUGAUGGCUGGUGAGCUCACAUCGUUUGGCACUCCAGCAGACAAACUCACCAGCCACUUCUUACCACCCAGUUCCCACCCCAAACCGUGGGUGUUUAUCUGUAACAACGACUUGUAAAGUGUUUUUUGUGGAAUCUGCAAAAUCCUUGAAGCAUUUCCAAAUGAAAGGCCACAAGCUGCGGUUUGAGGUUCAGGAGUGUAGAAUGGGGUCGACUGGACUUGGAUGAUGCCACAAAUUGAGAGAUUUUACAGUCACAGUCCCGUCACUCACCAGCAUGUGUAGAUGUCCAUAUGCUGGUGUGUGUUACACGUGUCAUAGACAAGCACAGUAGCUUACAUAGUAACAGUUUUACAUAUAGGUACUUAGUGAACCAGGUGUCCAGGUGGCGUGGCGGUCUAUUCCGUUGGCUACCAACACGGGGAUCGGCGGUUCGAAUCCCCGUGUUACCUUCGGCUUGGUCGGGCGUCCCUACAGACUCAAUUGGCCAUGUCUGCGGGUAGGAAGCCGGAUGUGGGUAUGUGUCCUGGUCGCUGCACUAGCGCCUCCUCUGGUCGGUCGGGGCGCCUGUUCAGGGGGGAGGGGGAACUGGGGGGGGGGUGGCGGGAUCCUCCCAUGUGCUACGUCCCCCUGGUGAAAAGGAGCGGCUGGUGACUCCACAUGUAUGGGAGGAGACAUGUGGUAGUCUGCAGCCCUCCCCGGAUCAGCAGAGGGGGUGGAGCAGAGACCGGGACGGCUCGGAAGAGUGGGGUAAUUGGCCGGGAACAAUUGGGGAGAAAAAGGAGGGGGGUUAAACAAAACAAAAGAACACAGUGAAGAAGAAGAAGAAGAAGCACUAUUCAGUCUUAACGCUGUUGAUGUGUAAGGUUUAGUUUGUGGUAGUUGCUCAUAGAGACUGGUCGCUGGUCUCGCCUGCUGGUUUGUGUGAGUGAAAAAUGUAUGAUUGUGUGUGUCUACUCUGUUUUUCCAUUAGAUGUGCAAGAUACAAGAACGUUGAUGUGACGCCUUGUAGUUAAAGUGCAGAGUUCCUGACUGAAUACUGUUCCAAACCGAUCCUCUCUUCUACACCCAGAUGCUCUGCAUAGAUGGUGCAAGCGGGUGUGGACUAACUGUCGGUUACUGUUCCCUUUUUGUCUGCUAAACUGCAUGAAUACUGUGUGAUGCCUUAGAUCGGGGCUCUCUUCCUCUUGAAGGUUGUAGAGUCCGGAUGCUACCAAUAAAACCCUGCUGAAGACACACCUGCUGUGGUAGGACUGUGGUGGACUUUGGUAAGACUGUGGUAGGACUGCUUCCUCUAUGUUCGGUACAAUCUGUAUGUAAAGCAGUUUGUUAUAUUAAAGUUAGACACGACGGGCGUAGGGUUGUCUCUUUCCUCCGAGUUAAGUAAUAGAAUUGAAGGUUUUGAUUGAUUGAUCUUAUAUCCAGAUACUUCACCAAAAGUUUUGAUCAGUUUUGAAAUGUUCACCAAUGGAUUUAUCCAGGGUUUUGAUAAAUAGGAUGACAUCAUCCGCAUAAAGAGCGAUACGAUGUUCCCCCUCCCCUGUGGUCAUACCUGAAAUGCCAGGAUGCUGCACCCUUACAGCUAUUGCAAAAGGGUCGAUAGCAAGAAUAAAUGAGGGGGUGGGGUUGGGGGGGGACAACGGGCAACCUUGGCGACACCCUCUACGAAUAUGAAUUAGGUUGGAUACCAAGUUGUUUGUCUUGGCAUGAAGCAGUCCUACCCACUUACACAAGUUCUCCCCACAUCCAACACGUCGACGGGCUUGGAAGAGAUGCAGCCACUGCAGCCUGUCAGAGGCCUUCUCAGCAGCCGGGCCGAGGAGCCUAAAGCUGUAUCUGCUGCCCCCUUUUGGUUAUGUGAAAUAUUUAGCACACUUUUAACACUGUGGAGCCCCUGCCGACCUUGUACAAGUCCACUCUGAUCGUUGGGGACUAUCCCUGGGAUGACGUCCUGAAGUCUGUUUGCUAAAAUGUUACAGAAUAUUUCCCAUCUGAAUUUAAUAAGCUUAUUGGCCUCCUGUUUUCCCAUUUCUCACUGGCUUUCUCUGGUUUUGGGAGCAAUACCAUUCAAGUGCCUCUCAGUGAUGGGGGGGAUUGCCAUCUUGGAAUGAGUCAUAAAACAUCUGGAAUAAAGGAGAUUGUAGUUUCUCUUGAAAUGUCUUGCAUAUAUGUAGGGGUGGGCCGCCUGGCCCUGCAGCUUUCUCAGAUCUCCUACGAGCAGAUUUCUCCCCUGUCGACUCGGCCCAGCACCCUCGCACGGUCUCUCCGGAGGAACGGGGAUGUCAAGGCCAUCCAGAAAGGCUUUUAUAGACCCUGGAUUCAAUGAAUAUUCCCAACUAUACAGUUUUUAUACAAGAGUUUGAAUAUGAUGUUCAUAUGAUGUUCAUGUUGAGCAGAAGAACAUUUGUUGAACUGGUGGUCGGCCUGUUAGAGGUCUGGUCCAUAAUCCCAGUCAGAUGUGUGUUAACACACUUAAAGAUGA